AUGCAGCUCGGGCUUCGUCCAAGGCUCCACGCUCGGCCGUCUUUGGUGGACUUGGUCAAUCGAGCAAAGAGCCCACCUGCGUCACCUGCCACUGGCGCAGAGGCAGUAGCUGCUGUAGCCACGCCGCUCGCUCGGCUGGAGGAGGCAGCUGUCCAAGCUCUCACGCAGCCGCUGCCAACCUCUCCGACCUCGACCUCUGACGACAAGGAACUCAGCAGCAGCAGUAGCAGCAGCAGCAGCGCCGCAUCUGCAUCGAGCUUCAACACCACCACUAAUAGCUCAACUCCUCAGCUAUCCCAGCACCGCCAACCACAACAACAACAUCCACAACCCCCAACCCCUACAGUUCCUAUUCCCCUUGCCGACGACGCCCAAGCUGAAGCUGCAGCUGCACAGAGGCCGACGAGUCCACAAAAGACGGUCAACAUGGCACCCAAGAAGCAGCAGCAGAAGAAGACAAAUGGCGACGCUGACGGCGAUGCCUUGGACUCUGGCAAGAUCUUCUCCAUCUCCGGUCCCGUCGUGAUAGCCGAGGACAUGGUUGGAGUUGCCAUGUACGAGUUGGUCAAGGUCGGACACGAUCAGCUCGUUGGUGAGGUCAUUCGUAUCAGCGGUGACCAAUGUACCAUCCAGGUCUAUGAGGAGACAGCUGGUGUCACUGUCGGUGAUCCCGUCCUGCGCACCGGAAAGCCUCUGUCCGUCGAGCUCGGCCCCGGUCUGCUGCACAACAUCUACGACGGUAUCCAGCGUCCCCUCGAGAAGAUCUCGGAACAGUCACAGAGCAUCUACAUUCCCCGUGGUGUCGCUGCUCCUGCUCUCGACCGAAAGAAGAAGUGGGAAUUCACACCUACCAUGAAGGUCGGCGACCACAUUGCCGGCGGUGAUGUCUGGGGUACCGUCUUCGAGAAUUCCUUCAUCAAGGUGCACAAGAUCAUGCUGCCCCCGCGCGCCAAGGGUACCAUCACCAAGAUUGCCAGCAAGGGCGAGUACACAGUGCACGAGAAGAUUCUCGAGAUCGAGUUCAACGGCACCAAGACUGAGCACGGCAUGAUGCACACAUGGCCCGUCCGUGUCCCCAGACCAACCACCGAGAAGCUCUCGGCCGACAAGCCUUUCAUCGUCGGUCAGCGUGUUCUCGACGCCUUGUUCCCUAGUGUCCAGGGAGGUACAGUCGCUAUUCCUGGUGCUUUCGGUUGCGGAAAGACUGUCAUUUCCCAGUCUGUUUCCAAGUUUUCCAACAGCGAUGUCAUCGUCUAUGUAGGAUGCGGCGAGCGUGGUAAUGAGAUGGCUGAAGUCUUGAAGGAUUUCCCAGAGCUGUCGAUCGAAGUCGAGGGCCGUAAGGAGCCCAUCAUGAAGCGAACGACUUUGAUUGCCAACACAUCAAACAUGCCUGUCGCCGCGCGUGAGGCCUCCAUCUACACUGGUAUCACCGUUGCCGAGUACUUCAGAGACCAGGGCAUGAACGUUGCCAUGAUGGCUGACUCUUCGUCUCGUUGGGCUGAGGCUCUUCGUGAGAUUUCGGGUCGUCUGGGAGAAAUGCCUGCAGAUCAGGGUUUCCCCGCCUACCUCAGUGCCAAACUGGCCAGUUUCUACGAGCGUGCAGGAAAGACCCAGGCUCUCGGUUCCCCUGAGCGUGAGGGCAGUGUCAGUAUCGUCGGUGCCGUCAGUCCUCCCGGUGGUGAUUUCUCCGAUCCUGUUACAUCUUCGACCCUCAGUAUCGUGCAAGUCUUCUGGGGUCUCGACAAGAAGCUCGCCCAGCGAAAGCACUUCCCUUCCAUCAACACAUCGCUGUCGUACAGCAAGUACAACACCAUCCUCGACAAGUGGUAUGAAAAGGACUACCCCGAGUUCCCCCGGCUCCGUGACCGUAUCAAGCAACUGUUGUCCGAUUCCGAAGAGUUGGAUCAGGUCGUUCAGCUAGUCGGAAAGUCGGCACUGUCCGACCCUGACAAGAUCACAUUGGAUCUCUCUACCCUUCUCAAGGAAGAUUUCCUGCAGCAAAAUGGUUACUCGACUUAUGAUCAAUUCUGCCCUAUUUGGAAGACUGAAUGGAUGAUGAAGCUCAUGAUGGGCUUCCACGAUGAGGCACAGAAGGCCAUUGCCCAAGGUCAGAGCUGGAACAAGGUCCGUGAUGCUACAAGCGAUCUGCAGGCCAAGCUGCGGACGUUGAAGUUUGAGGAGCCAAGUGAUGGCCAGGAGGCAGUGAGCAAGAAGUACGAACAGAUUCAGCAAGAAAUGUUGGACAAGUUUGCUGCAGUGAUGGACGAGUAA